CUUAUCACAGCAGUGAUAUGGACUCUUCUCCCGGCGGGAAAGACAACACACUUUGGUCUGGCUAAUUUUUACGCGGGCUCAAGUUUUACGUCGACGUCUACACGCGAGAGUUUUUCUUCCCUCUCUGAGGUCGUGUUGGGCGGGGUGAAGUUUUGCUCAGGACGACUUGCUGCUCCUGUCCUGUCUGGAGAGAAAUCACACUAGUUUUGCAAACGGAGGCUGUAACUUCUAAACAUGGAGUCUUACAUCAACUUUGGAUGCCAGGUCUGCCUCACCCAACAUACCAGAGUGGGUGGUUUGAAGAAGCAUAUGAUAUCAACAAAUCAUCGAAAGAAAAUGGCAGACAUCUUCCAGAAAGGAACGUUCAAGGGUUAUGCAGCAGUGGGCAUCAGGCACGACCACAGCAGCAGCCAGUACGACAACCCACGAUCCAGAUGCUACCACGAUCCAUGGCAACCUCUAAGACAAGAAGGCACAAGACCUCCACGAGAGAAUCCAAGCUUCUUUCCCUCAAUUAUCAAGAUUGAUCCAGAUGCCACAGCCAAGCAUGACAUCUACCAACAACCAAUCAUAGGUGUGUCUCUGAUGACUUUAUGUUUCAGUCAAGACACAAGUAUAUAUUUUUACCUUUGCCAUGCCUGUGAAGAAAAACAUCCACCAGACAGGAUUGCAAACCACCUUGCUAGUAUUGACCAUUUCAGGAACUACUUUAGCUACAUAAACCCCAAUGUGGUGAACUUUGCCUGGAUCCCCAGCGUGGCUAGGAGAGCCAUGCUGACGCCUGAUGCCAAAAGUGACAUAAGAGAAAGGGAGCCCGCACGACUACAGUUGUUGGAUUUACCUGAAUAUCUGUUGAAGAGGUUCCAAACAAUUAGCUACUCUGAAGUGAUGCAGACUCUCAGUGAAAACGACAAGCUUCUCAAAGUACUUGAAGAUGUCAAGCCAAAGAGAACGAUGAUACAAACAUACCAAAAAGACAGCAACAGGAAGCAUCCACUUCUUGGAAUGCAGCACCUUAUUGAAUGCAUUCGUGUUGGGCCAGCUGAGAAAAGAUAUUAUCUCUGCACACUCUGUUGCCUAACUGUGGCCACCCACAUGAUCAUCGGACAUGUCCUGAGCUUUGACCACAUCUAUUGUUACUUGAGAGAGAAGCACCCGUCUACUUUGCUGUCAAGAGUAUCCUACCAGAAUUACAACUACUCCUUUGCCUCCACAAUGCUUGGAUUUGCAAAGCAGGCAGAGGAAAUUCAGAAUGCCGAAAACACUGAUAUGAAGCAAGUGAGCCUGGAGCCUGCCAGAUUCACAUCAGUGAAUUUCACAUGUUAUGCACAAGCUUUGAAGAAGCUGGAAUCCAUCAGAGAUGAAGACAAGGAGGGCAGCUUGAUUACAAUCAUCAAACCAGGGAACAGGCUGGUGCCCCGCACUGUAUCAGCAGCGUCAGCAGCGUCUGCAGCGUCUGCAGCGUCUGCAGCGUCUGUAGCAGCACCAGCUGCAGCACCAGCUGCAGCACCAGCAGCACCAGCAGCGUCUGUAGUGCCACCAGCACCAUCAGCACCAGCAGCACCAGCAGCACCAGCACCUGCAGCGUCUGUAGUGCCACCAGCAACAGCAACACCAGCAGCAACAGCAGUAACAGCAGUAGGGCAAGCAGCACCAGCAAAACCAGCAACACCAGCAGCGCCAGCAGCACCUGUAAGACCAACAGAACCACCAGGGCCAGCAGCACCUGUAGCGUUAUCAUACAAACUACGCUGUCAGAACUGCAGUAAGCACUUUAAGAGUAUACAUAUGUAUUGCAUACAUCUCUCCGGCUGGAAACACAAACAGAUGUUAAACAAAUGCUUUGGUGGAGGAUGGAAACCCAGUUUGGACUUUGGACACAAGUACCUCAAAGAGCGCUUAAUGCAAAAUAAACCACUUAUUGGUUUAUCCCUGGUUGUGAUGUGUGUCAGCAGUCAGGCUCAGGAGGAACCUAUUUGUGUGUGCUUUGCUUGUAAGGAUUGUUUCCCAGAUUCCUUUCUCAAGCAACACUUGGACUCCACAAAACAUCUCAUAAACACCUUGCUGCACCAGAAUCCCUGGCAGCUGCCUUUUGGGUGGGACGCACAUCUGGAUUUGAAAGUCUUGAGGUCAGCGGCGUGGGAAGAGGAGAAGAAAAGAGGACCAGAACAGAUGCUGCUGAAGGUGUUUGAUAUGCCAUACUGGGAGUUUCAGAAUAUCAUCUCAUUUGAAUACCCACAAGUGAUGGAGAGACUUCAUGAAUACCGCACAAUCUUGACAAGCGACGUUCCACCAAAUCAAAGAUUCACCAGAUUUCAUCAAAAUGAGAGAUUUCCUCUGCUCGGUUCAAAUUUUGUGGUCAUGUUCGAUGUGCAGCUCACACGGAAUGGGCCCACAGAAAUGGGAUUCCUGUGUAUGCUCUGUGAGAGGAGGCUGUCAGGCGAUGAAUGCUAUGCUCAUGUGUUCAGUCGGAAACAUGUUGUCAAAUUUCUGGUCAGUUUCCACUCUCCAGACUCGCUGAAUUCGAGCACAGAUGCAGAGACCUUAUUGGACUUGGCGAAACAGGCAUACAUUGGCCCGCCAUCACAUAUACAGGAAAUAAGGUUGGACAAGCCCAUCUGGGAGCCAUGCCACUUCAAAGAAGCAACAAAGAUCCUGGCAAGUGUGAAGAGGAGAUGUGGGAAAGGAAAUCUAAAACCCUUAAUAUAUCAUAAAAAGAAGCUAUUCCCUAGAAAAACCCAGAAAGAAUCCUGCAAGGACCAUGUGAGAGACGACAGUCAGAAAAACAGCGGGGUGAUGGACUGUUGUGGGAAAACAUGUCAAAAAUCUGACACUAAUGAGUCGACUCUAAAAAUGACUCCAGUAGAAGUUGGCGCUGAAGUCACCAAUACACACUGUGUAGAAGGCGGAGAAGACACAAAAAAGGGAGACAAUAAGGAGACUCUGGCACCAUGUGAAAAAGAUUCAGAGGAGAGAGAAGAGGUGUAUUCAAAAACUAGUUUAACAGACAUAAAGAAUGCAGGUAGGGAGACAUGCCAGGCAAUAAAGGAAGAGAAGACUGAAAGGCCCACAGAAAGAAAACCAGGUGGGGAGACCCUGGAAAGCUGCCAGAACAUAGUCAAAAAAGAUAAAACAGAGGAUGGAAAAGAGUUGAGCAACAGUAGCACAGAGGUACUGGCACAGUUUACACAGAAGAGGAAAGUCUCACAAGAGGAUACCUGUCCUGCUGAGGAUGGAAAGCAAGAAAUGGCCCUUAAAAGGCAGCGGGUCACCUCCAAAGAAGACACACUUCAGGAAGAAUCCAAAGACUUGGCAAGAUGCCGACAAAAGGAGUUGACCACCGCAGAGAAGGGAGAAAGUGGCAAACCAAGUCAUGAGACUGCAAACGACAAAGCGGCUUCUAACACAAACCAGCAACGAGAUCAGCUGUGGCAGUUUGUCAAGAGGGAAAACCAAGAGCCUAUUGUUGGCCUAAAUGCACUUUUUCAGUGCAGUUGUAAUGAGCGUGACCCAAUCUACCUCUGUGAGUGCUGCUCUCUGAAGAUCCCAGAGAAGAACAUCCUCAGCCAUGUGACCGGAGUCGACCAUCAGAGGAUGUAUUCGGUGGUUGUUGAUCUGGAUGAUGAGAUUUAUGAUAACAUCUCAAAACAAGACUUUAAAUCAGCAAUACAGACAGUGAAGGCCCUUCGGGAUCAGCAGGACGGUGGACUUGACCUCCCUUCAACCUCAAAUCCACCUGGCGUUCAACCUGAGGAUACCUCAGUCACCGUUGAUACUCAAUGUAUAGUUUGUUCUGCGCCGGACCACUAUCAGGUGGUGGAAAUGGAGAUUGAUGAUAAUCUAGAAGACUCUGAAGGACAGCCAUUCUCAGUAACUGCAGCCGUGUCUCUGAUGACUGAAACCACCUCCAGUACAACCAACCAACCUGCUGAGGUGUCUGAGUCAGCUGACAACACUGACACCUGCCUGACUGCUUCCAGAAGUAGUGACAACAAAGCUGAAAUCAUUUCAAACACAACUGUGGGACCAUUGAAAAUGGCAACCACUUCCAAGACAGUGGGGACGCCACAAACAGCAGCAGUUUCAUAUUCUACUGUAACCACCACAUCCACGACAGCAACCUCCAGUUAUACCACAGCCACCACAUUGAGAGAAACUGCUUACAAACGUACAGCAGCUUCCUCCGUUUGCACUCGUACAUUUACAGCAACUAGUCACCCCUCUAGUUCCACCAUCUCGAGUAUGACCUCAGCCACAACAUCUGCAACAUUGUCCAAACCACUGGCAAGCAGAACUGGAACUGCAGCCAAAGUUUCUGCGUCUGCAUAUAAAGCUGCCACCACCCCUAAUGCAGAUUUCACAGUACGGCGUGAACCCGUCCGCCCAACUGCAUCUGCCUCCAAAAAUUCUGAAGUUGCAUCCAAAACUGCAGUUGCACCUAUGGAGACAUCCGUAGCCACUGCUAAAAUGACUAAAUUGUCAGUAAAUUGUGGAAAUACUGGGGCCUCUGACAAGACUGCACAUAGGAAAAAUUCAGUGGGGUCAACUUGUGAUGUUGCACCAAAUGUUCACAAGAGUGAGGCUCCUGCAGCUCCUCACGUGACUGCCAGGUCUGAAAACAAGAAUCCGCACACAGAACCAUCACAUACUUCUGCAAGAAAGACAGACACAAGUAACACAAGCUUUCCUCGAGUUGGAUUGAGCCAGCUGAUUUCAGUGUCCUGUGAAGAAAGGCGGCAAACCUACUGUCAGCUGUGUUCAGUCAGGUUAUUAAAGUCCACGCACACAUCGGGAUUUAACCACGUGUCACGCUAUGUGAAUAUGAGGUACCCUGAAAUUGGCAAGUCACGCAAGGCAGUCAUGGAGAAAGCGAACUACUUGGCCGAGGCUGAGAAAGGCGUAAAAUUCAAGAGCCUGAAAGUGAAUAUUGAUGAGUACAGAGAGCUGGCUCGUCUUUCAGUGGAUCAAGUUUUUGUAAGACUGGAAGAAAUGUUCAAACAGAGAGCCUCGCAGGUCUCGUCACCCUCUGUAGACGUUUGGAGACAGCAAGUUCCCUCUAUCAGCCCAUGUGAAGUUUGGAGCCCCGAUGAUGGGAUACCACAGAAUGAAAGUCACUCUACUGAUAACCAAUCAGAGAAGGAGAAGAGACAAGAGCUUCAGACACAUUGGGUCCAGAUUCCAGAAAUUGAGUCCAGUUCAACAGAGAAAGAAACUCUCGCUAUAGAUCAGUCGGACAGAGCUCAGAGCGUGAAGAGUUCAGAGCCAGAAGCUGACAAUCGAAUCUCAGACCAGCUUCAUUCAUGUUCGAUCUUGAAGAAAAAUGAGCCCACUGUAAAUCUCAGAACUAAAGACGCAGGAAGAGCAGUUACAGGAAUCCACCACCUCUCUCGUCUCUACCUCCCAGCCGGCUGAAGUGGAGAAAUCUCAGGAUCAUGAUGUGCAACCUUCUGCCACUGACUUCGCAGGCAGAUUUACCCAAACCCCUUCAACAUGCCAAGAGACUCUCGAGAAAAGACAACAGCGGGAGAGCAGGGAUCCAAGGUUUAAGAA